GGCUACUCGGAUGCAGAAGGGCGUUCAGGAGUUUUGACACACUGGGAUAUUGGAGGAAAAGUUUUCUGUAUGUGAACAUCCUGACACUUUGUGUGGUGUGAGAGCUCCUGAGAAGAGAACCUCCUGUGGGCUGAACAUCCUUUUAAAAAGGCAGGCAAGCUCCUUAACCUGGUGUUGGUGAUCAGACUUCAUCAUGGUGGUCCGGGGGUUCCUCGUACGGGAAGGGCUACUGUUAGCCUGCUUCCUCUUUCUCUCUGUGUACGGACAAACCUCAGAACCGUAUUUCACGGUGACGUUUCCUGCAGUAAUCGAGUCGGGCUCUGAGGCUACAUUUUGUGCGAGUUUUCUGAAGCCCAAUGAGACUCUGCAAAUGACCAUCUAUCUGGAUCACAACAACCAGAGCAGAACACUUCUACAGCAGAGAGUGGAGAAGGAAUUUCACAACUGCUCUAAGUUUAAGGCUCCACAGGUUGAGGGUCAGUCAGUGCAGCAGAUCAGAGUAGAAGUCAAAGGUGAAAGUUUUCAAAUGACCGACAAAAGGAAAGUUAUGUUUAAAUCCUACAACCCACUGACAUUCAUUCAGACUGAUAAACCAAUCUACAACCCCGGCCAAACAGUGAAUUUCAGAGUUGUCACUAUGGAUGCCAAUUUUGUCCCACUUAAACAAGAGUACAGUAUAGUGACACUUGAGGAUAAUAAUGGUAACAGGAUUGGUCAGUGGACGAAUGUGUCCUCAACAGGCCUGAUAGUGCAGCUUUCUCACCAACUGAAUCCUGAGGCUCCUGAGGGCCUUUAUAAUUUGAAGGCUAACAUUGGGGAAAGGUCAAUCAUACACAACUUUAGGGUCAAGAAGUAUGUUUUACCCAGGUUUGAGAUUACACUGAAAUCACCAGAACAACAGAGUGUUGGUGAUGAAGACCUGAAGAUAGAGGUUUGUGCAAAGUACACUUAUGGACAGCCAGUACCUGGUACAGCACUGAUGCAAAUGUGCCGAAAAUUCCAACGCUAUUAUUAUCAUCAGACCACCAUGGUUGCACCGUGCAUGGUUGAAGCUGUGGAGAUGAAAGAGAACGGAUGUGCCUCUCAUGUAUUCAACAUGUCACAUUUCAUCGGUUCUGAAUUUGAACAACAUUUAGACAAUUUUCUUGACAUUACUGUUACAGUGACAGAGGAAGGGACAGAUAUUUCUAUGGUAAAAUCUGGAACUACUGAGAUUACUUAUGAAAUUGGUAAAGUUGAGUUUGUUGAUUUACCAAAAAACUUCGAAAGGAACACAGUUAUAGAGGGAAAGAUCAAAGUUACAAGCUUCAGUGGGAGCCCAAUUCCUAACAAGAAGGUCUAUCUUUUGAAAGGUCAAAGGUGGUCUCCAGAGCUACUUCAAAAUCUUACAACAGAUGUUAAUGGAUUGGCCAGCUUCACAGUUAAUGCACCCAAUGAGCCUGAAAGAGAGAUAUCACUGCUGGCAAGUGUCAAUCCGGACAGCCUAUUCCAUGAUUACAGAAAACCUUUCAUUAGAACCAGUGAUGCACAAAUACGACUGCUUGAACCUGCUACACCUUACAGUCCAGUGUACAGUGAAUUAUCAAUAGAGAGCUUAGAGGAACCAAUUCGAUGUGAUUCGGAAAUUUCUAUUAACAUCAAGUACUAUAUUAUUGGAGAAACCACAGAGAAUUAUAGCACUGAUAUUAUAUACACGGUCUUGUCUAAAGGAGCCAUAGUCCAUCAUGGAUAUGAGAAAGUUGAAGUGAAAGAAUCCAAAAAGCUCAUAGAGGGAAAAGUCUUAUUCAGACUGUCUGUUGAUGCUGAACUGGCUCCUGUAGUUCAGGUUCUGGUGUACUGUGUGCUGCCCAGUCAGAACGUCAUCGCUGCUAGCAAGGAUUUUGAUGUGGACAAAUGCUUCAGAAACAAAGUCUCACUGCAGUUCUCUCCCACUGAGGCAGUUCCUGGUGAGGAAAACACUCUCCAGCUCUCAGCUCUGCCUGGUUCACUGUGUGGACUCAGUGCUGUGGAUCAGAGUGUGUUCAUCAUGGAACCAGGAAAACGCCUGAAUGCUGAUGAGGUCUUUAACUUGUUGCCAGUGAAAUCGGCAUCAGAUUAUUCCUAUGAAGUUGAAGAUGAGCAGGCGUGUUUGCAUGUUAGACCGAGACGGGAUACACAGGGAGACAAGGCUUACAAUACUCUAAAGAGUGUGGGGCUCAAGAUGGCAACGAACCUGGCUAUCAGAGAACCUCACUGUUUGAUCUACAAAGGCCUAGAGUAUCGCCGCGGCUAUGUCUAUGGCGGUCAUGGAUGGCGGCACACAGUUGCCCUGGCCUCUCCUAUGGCACUUGGAGAGCGUUUAUUGAAGGAAGACUCUGAACCGAUUGAGACAGUUCGUAAAUUCUUCCCAGAAACUUGGAUAUGGCAGCUUGCUGAAGUGGGAGACUCUGGAUCAGCACAGGUUCCGGUCACCGUUCCUGACACGAUCACCACUUGGGAGACGGAUGCUUUCUGUCUGUCCUCUAGAGGCCUGGGAGUGGCUCCUCCUGCUCAGCUUCGUGUCUUCCAGCCCUUCUUCCUGGAGCUCUCGCUGCCCUACUCCAUCAUCCGGGGAGAGGAGUUUGAGCUGAAGGCCACUGUCUUCAACUAUCUCUCCAAGUGCAUUAUGGUUAAAGUGACUCCAGCUCCUUCCUCAACCUACACUCUGAAAGCCUCCUCUGAUGGAGAGUAUUCAUCCUGUCUGUGUGCAAAUGGUAGAAAGACCUUCAAAUGGACUCUUGUUCCCUCUGUGCUUGGGGUCUUGAGUGUGACAGUCAGUGCUGAGGCAGAACAGUCACAGGCUGUGUGUGACAAUGAGAUUGUGAGUGUGCCUGAGAGAGGCCGCAUUGACACAGUCACACGGAGCCUGAUUGUACAGGCUGAAGGAACUGAAAAGACCAAGAGCCAGAGUUGGUUGCUAUGUCCACAGGGAAACAGUGUUUCAGAGGAGCUGGAGCUGGUUCUUCCUGCAGAUGUGAUAGAGGGAUCAGCACGAGCUUCUGUUUCAGUGCUUGGAGACAUACUGGGCCGUGCACUGAAGAAUAUUGAUGGAUUGCUGAGGAUGCCAUAUGGCUGUGGAGAACAAAACAUUGCUCUCCUCGCCCCCAACAUCUACAUUCUUCAGUACCUGGAGAACACUGGACAGCUCACUGCAGCCAUCCGUGAGAGAGCUACAGGUUUCCUUAAGAGCGGAUAUCAGAGGCAACUAAACUACAAACAUCAUGAUGGUGCAUACAGCACAUUUGGCAGCGGAGAGGGAAAUACAUGGUUAACUGCUUUUGUUCUGAGGACUUUUGGCAAAGCACAGCGUUACAUCUUUAUUGAUCCACAAAACAUUGACAGUGCAAAGAAAUGGCUGAUAAGUAAUCAGAGACCAGACGGCUGUUUUAUAAGACGGGGACGACUGUUCAACAACAGAAUGAAGGGUGGUGUAAAUGAUGAUGUGACCAUAACAGCUUACAUCACUGCAUCAUUGCUUGAAUUGGACCAUACAGCCAAGGAUCCUGUUGUGAGUAAAGGGUUAUCAUGUCUAAAGUCCUCUAUUGGCAACCUGACAAACACCUACGCCACUGCACUGCUGGCCUACACUUUCAGUCUGGCUGGAGAGCAUGAUGUUCGAGGGCAGCUGCUGAAGAAGUUGGAUAGUGUUGCUAUUUCAGGAGAUGGUCGCCUUCACUGGUCUCAGUCUGCAUCAGAUGACUCUGACUCCUUGGCAGUGGAGAUCAGCUCCUAUGUUUUGCUAGCUGUUCUCACUACAGCUGAAGUCACUGCUGCUGAUUUGGGCUAUGCUAACAGGAUUGUCAGCUGGCUGGUGAGGCAACAGAAUUCCUAUGGAGGCUUCUCCUCCACCCAGGACACAGUGGUGGCCCUCCAGGCUCUGGCUCUGUACUCCACCAAAGUGUUCAGCUCUGAUGGCUCCAGCACAGUAACUGUGAAGUCAGAUAAAGAGAGUCACCACUUUGAUGUGAACCAGAACAACAAGUUAUUGUACCAGGAGAAACAACUGCAGGAGGUUCCUGGCAAAUACAGCAUUUCAGUGGAGGGUUCCACCUGUGCGUCUGUGCAGGUGGCACUUUUCUACAAUAUCCCCACACCUACUGAACCCAGUACAUUGAGCGUCAAGGCUAAGGCUGAGGGAAAUUGCACAAAAUCAUUUGGAUACGCUCUGUCCCUUGAAUUCACAGUCACUUAUGAAGGGGAAUUAAACAGCACUAACAUGGUCAUAGUGGAUAUAAAGAUCUUAUCAGGAUUCACAGCAGAUGCCAGUGAUCUAAAGCACCACCCACUUGUGGAACGGGUCGAUUCUAAGGAUGACCAUAUUAUCAUGUAUAUGAAAGAGGUCCCAAGGAAUUCUCCUAUGAAUUAUCGGCUACAUCUUAAGCAGGUGCUUCCAGUCAAGAACCUCAAACCAGCUGUGAUCAAAGUUUAUGAUUACUACCAAACAAGUGACCAGUCUGAGACAGAGUACUUCUCCCCCUGUGUGUGAGCACUCACUGUGCAGCCUCACAGUACAAGACACAGAAAAAAGCCUUAGAUGUUUGUUUUGUUUGUCUUAAAUCAGAGGUAAUGGAAUAAGAUUCUUUGUUUGUUUUUCAUUGAAAUAAAGAGGAACUUCAAACAACAUAUGUGCUGCUCAGCUCAACUUGUAUUGUUUACCUAGGCAAAUUUCAGUGGCAGACUUAGCUCACACUUAUUAAGGCAUAGACCAGAUGCAUCAGACAAUAUCUUAAUAACAAUGCACAUACAAUUUGUUGCUUACUUUGUAAAACCAAGUUGUGUCAUGCUAAUAAAAACAGCCUUUUUGUCAGUA